AUGCCCAUCAAUGCAACAUUUCAUGGAUUUGUAGAGACUACUACAGACUCUCUCUUGCUUUUUGAAGCUUGUCAUAGAGGUGUUUUACCAAAAAUCAGUCGCCGGCUACAAGAAAGAGAAAGAGGAUCAGUAAAAUCGGGCACCGUUUUUAUUUUCGACGAAAAAGAGUCUGGAAUUAAAAGAUGGACGGAUGGCUUAAUUUGGAGUCCUUCUCGAAUUCUUGGGAAUUUCCUUAUUUACCGAGAGCUCGGCGGUCGUGAAUCUUUAAAUGAAAAGGCCCCAAACCAUGACAACUAUCUUCAUAAUGGAUACAGUCACAAUAAUCCGUACAUGUCUCAAAAUCAUCCACUGAUAUAUGGAGAAAGCACUCAGGUAGAAUCGGUGGACGGUGAAUAUGAAGAUAUGACCAUUGAAGAGCGCAAUAAAGAACGUAAUCUGGUUGGGUCCCUCACUGAUACUUAUAAAUUCAGAAAGGGCGGACUUAUAAAGAAAACAUUGAGCAUUCAAUUAAAUGGUUGUACUCAACAUUUGAUUAGUUAUUAUACCAAAGAGGAUGUACUCAAAUGUAGAUUAUCAACACCCUCUUCUAUAUCUCAACUAUCUUCAUUACAAAUAUCCUCUGAUUUACUCUUAAAACAAAGUUUUCGUGUACCGCCUUCCGUAGAAUUUGCAGAACUCAUGUUAAAACGGCCUAGUCUUUCACCUUCGUCUACAACCAGUUCAUCUACCUGUCAUUCUACUUCAACUGUUACUCAUAAUAUUAAGCGAUUGUCAACACACAUGAUUUCUCAUCCUUACGCCAUUCAAAAGGAGCAAGAAGAAGACGACGAUCACUCUUUAUGUAAGUUUAUUUCUUUUUAA